CACAAGUUCAUCAAUCAUCAAGACUUCUAGUCUCAUACAACCAUCAACUCAACUGCCUUCGAAUCUUUUCGAUACCAACAUCCGCCAACAUGCCUAUCACCAAGUACAAGGCCGCCGCCGUCACCUCCGAGCCCGGUUGGUUCGACCUUGAGGGUGGUGUUCAGAAGACCAUCAACUUCAUCAACGAGGCUGGCCAGGCUGGCUGCAAGCUCGUUGCCUUCCCCGAAGUUUGGAUCCCCGGUUACCCAUACUGGAUGUGGAAGGUCACCUACCUUCAGUCCCUCCCCAUGCUCAAGAAGUACCGCGAGAACUCCCUCCGCGUCGACUCUGAGGAGAUGCGCCGCAUCCGCCGCGCCGCUCGCGAUAACCAGAUCUUCGUCUCCAUGGGCUUCGCCGAGCUUGACCAUGCCACCCUCUACCUCGCCCAGGUCUUCAUCGACCCCACCGGCGCCAUCAUCAACCACCGCCGCAAGAUCAAGCCCACCCACGUUGAGAAGCUCGUCUACGGUGAUGGCUCCGGCGACACCUUCAUGUCCGUCUCCGAGACCGAGAUCGGCCGCGUCGGCCAGCUCAACUGCUGGGAGAACAUGAACCCCUUCCUCAAGUCCCUCAACGUCUCCCAGGGCGAGCAGGUUCACGUCGCCGGAUGGCCCAUUUACCCCGGCGUCCAGCGCCAGGUGUCCCCUGACCCGGCUACCAACUACGCCGACACCGCCUCCGAGCUCGUCACCCCGGCCUAUGCCAUCGAGACCGGCACCUGGGUCCUCGCUCCCUUCCAGCGCCUCUCCGUCGAGGGUCUCAAGAAGAACACCCCCGAGGGCGUCGAGCCCGAGACCGACCCCUCCGACUACAACGGCCACGCCCGCAUCUACAAGCCCGACGGCAGCCUGGCUGUCCCUAAGCCCGACAAGGACUUUGACGGUCUCAUGUUCGUCGACAUUGACCUCAACGAGACCCACCUCACCAAGGUCCUCGCCGAUUUCGCCGGCCACUACAUGCGCCCCGAUCUCAUCCGCCUCCUGGUCGACACCCGCCGCAAGGAGCUCGUCACCGAGGCCGACCCCCAGGGCGGCAUCGCUUCCUACAGCACUUACCACCGCCUCGGCCUGGACCGCCCCCUGGACUCCAAGCCUGAGCUGCACGAGCGCGACGAGCAGGAGACUGCCAAGCGCAUCUCCAAGGAGCCUGCCGCUAAGCCUGUCAAGAAGCUCUAAAUGCUCUAGCUGGCUUUCAGCAGCAAUCCGGGACUCUGAACAUCAGUGCCCGCCUGUAAAAAUCCCAUUUGUAAUAUGAAGAAUGAUUAGAC